AUGACCAUAAUCCAGAGAGAUAAUUUUGAUCUGCGAUCGAUGUUUACCCUAAAAGUGCAAGUCAACGACAUCAUCAGUCAUCAAUACCUACGUCAAGCCGUCGUAGAAGUCUUCGUCAAUUACACCAAGACCAAUUCCACACUAACUGGCAACAAUGGAGCAGUAUUGAUAAGAGUUCCCUAUCAACUAGGCCUAAGUUUAACUAUCACAUCUUAUAAAGAUGGCUAUAUGUUAACACCUUUGCCUUGGAAAUCUGGGAGAAUGCCAAUAUAUUCGUCUGUGACGCUUUCGCUGUUCCCUCAAAGCCAAGCAAAUAUAUGGCUGUUCGAGGAUACAGUUUUAAUAACUGGGAAACUAUCUGAUGCCAAAUCUCAACCAAGUGUACAGUUUCCAAAAAAAUUAAUAAAACUCCCGAGGAGCCACCACAUUACAAACGUAACAGCCUAUCUUACAGUGCCACAGCAGUUUUUGAAAGUGGAUCAUUUCCUCUAUACAACAGGGAUUCUUCUCAAUAUGUCAGGUUUUAAAAGUAUUGAACUGACCCCUCUCGCCGCUAUAUGCGUAAACCUGUUUUCGGCUGGGAAAGAACUGAAAGUGGAUGGGUCUAUCCACAUCACGUUGCCUCUUCUGCCUACGAGAGCUGUGAAAGCAGGAGGUCGGAUCCUGGCGUGGACCUUUGAUAUGAACACGGGUGCUUGGGUAAAUCACGGGACGGGCACGGUGAAGGAUGCAGGUGACCAUUUAGUAUGGGCGUACACCGCUCCGAGUCUAGGCUACUGGAUUGCAGCCCCACUUCCUGGAACCUCAGCAGGUAUGAAGGAUAUAACGGAGUACCACACAGUGUUUCUGAUGGUCAUACUGGGAGGCACCGUCAUCAUUAUCACUGGGUUCUUUGCAGUUCUCCUUUGUUACUGCAGGGAUAGAUGCAGUCAGUCUAAAAGGCGAGGGAAACAUAUGACCAAACUGGAUAUCUUAAAAAGGGAUCAGAUGACAUCAACCAGUCAAAUAAAUCACCUGGGUAUCGCCAAAGGGUCGCUCCAGCCAGCGGACAAAUCGCAGCUGUAUUCACCCAAGUCGUCCUCAUACAGCCCACAGAGAGGGGCUUUGGCAGAGGCGGAAGAGAGAAAAGCUCGCGACAAUUUCAAAAACUUCUCAGAAGGUGCUUCAUACCAGUCGUCUAGCAAGAACGCUUACACGAGCUCGCCUCAGUCUUUGGAACUUAGCAAGGGGGUAAGACAUUUGCAAGCGACACAACACGUCAACGGACGUAUUUCCCCUUCUAGAAACUCACAAGAGCAGAACCAGUAUCUCUCGACGCAUGAGGAAAUGUACGGGCUCUCGUCUCUUCCAGAACAAUUGCUGCACCUUUAUAGCCAGCCCAUUGCCAUCCUUCAAACCGCUGACCUUUUCCACUCCCCAGAGCAGUUACACAGCGCCAAGUCAGCCACUUUGCCAAGGAAAGGGCAGUUAGUCUAUGGCCCAAUGAUGGAGCCGUUGAGCCGGGAGAGUUACACCCAGACAUUACCCAAAAUGCCAGCACACUGUCACCUACAGCCGCCAACUUCCAGAGACGAAACAGCUGUGUCGGACGGGCAGCAGGGCUUAUCUCCCCAAGCUGCAAACUGGGGGCGCUACACAAACAGCUUGCUGGAGUCGGUUUCCGUCCCGGGGACGCUCAACGAGGCCGUGGUGAUGACGCCGUUUUCAUCUGAGCUUCAAGGCAUUUCAGAGCAAACCCUGUUAGAACUCUCGAAAGGGAAACAGUCGCCGCACCCCAGGGCGUGGUUUGUCUCCUUGGACGGCAAGCCGAUAGCUCAAGUGAGACACUCGUUCAUUGAUCUCAAGAAGGGCAGGAAAACCGAGAGUAAUGACACGAGUUUGGACUCUGGUGUGGACAUGAACGAGCUGAACCCCAGUCGGAAACUGGAGAGGGAGAAGACUUUCAUUAAAAGUAUGCAGCAUCCUAAGGUCCUCUAUCUGGAAGACUUGGACCUCAGCGGUAGUGAAAGCGGGACCACCGUUUGCACCCCUGAAGAUCAGACUGUCAAACAUAUGCCAGACGGUGGGAGUGAUCCAGUCCUUCGACAGCCCGCCGAAGAGGUUCCUGGGACGAAGAGCCCAGCAGAAGAACUUGAGGCCAGCCCCCCGCCAGCGAAGAAGAGAGGAAGGCCUGUUCUGACCAAAAGAGAUAGCAAAGCCAACAUUUGGAAGAAGAGAGAAGAGAAGCCGCUCAUUCCCAUUAAUUAG